GAUUAAUGCCUACCCAAUUUUUAAAAACUCAUUAUCGACGAGGUGCUAGUGUUUUAACACCGGAGCAGGUCGAAGAAAUCAGAUGCCUUAAAAAUAAGGUUCCCGCAUAUAUGAUAGUAAGAGACUACUAUAUCAAUAAAAAUCACGUCUUUGAUAUAUGGAAUAAUAAUGAACGUUUGCAACAGAGUGGUGAAUAUGUAUUAGCUGAUAUGCUUCCAAAGGCAUCUAGCCCCAGCGAGACUGAUAGCAAGAAAAAAAAGACUGGAGGGACUAAGCCGAAAGAAAAAUUCAAAUCCAAGUUCAUUUGUAUUUCUGAACUACCCGUUACUCAGAUGCCUUCUUUAGGACCGAUUCAACUAUUCUCUAUGAAUUUAGAAAGCUCAGAUAUAAACAAAGAGGAAUUAUGCACGUCAUAUGAGAAGAUAGUUGAAAAAAACAGUGAAUAUGAAGAGUAUAACUCACCUAUUCCUCUACCAACCUUUGGCAAGAAGUUUAUCAUAGCAUGUCUGUAG